AUGAAAAAACAAAAAAAAGACAAUAUUCAACAUAUGAAACAAGUCAAGCAGAAUAUGGAAAUGAAUUGUGAAGAAUGUGAAAGAGACAAUAUGGAAAGCAAUUGCUCAUUGAUUACCGACUAUCAUGAUAGCAAUUUUAGAAAAUAUUUUUAUAUAAAAAAUAUAAGAGCAGAUGGGAAUUGUCUUUUCAGAGCAGUCUCAGAUCAAUUAUAUAAUACUGAGGAAAAUUAUAAAGAAAUCAGAAAGAAAGUGGUAGAACAUUUGGAAAAAAAUGAGGAUAAAUAUAUGAACUUUAUUGAAUAUGAUGAAAGCUAUAAAUCAUAUAUAGAAAGAAUAAGCACAGAUGGUACAUGGGGUGGCCAAUUAGAGCUUCAAGCAGUUGGCGAAAUUUUCAAUAUAAAUAUUUUAAUAUAUCAAGAAAACGGAUCCAUACUUGAGAUAAAAAUAAAUUCAAAUGAUAGCAAUUGCAUACAAUUACAUUAUACUUCAAAUGAACACUAUAACAGUGUUCGAUUCAUAAAUCAAGCUUUAGAAAAUCAACUAAUGUCGAUUAAAGAUUUAAAAGAAAUGAUAUAUACUAAGGAAGAAAAUGAUUCAAUCAAAACUUUAUAUGAAACAACAGAAAACGAAUUAAGUGAUGAAUUAGAAGAAAUAGAAGGAAAUAAUUUGAGAAAAGAAAAUAAAAUUUAUGAUAAUUUAUAUAAAAAGGGUGAUUUUUUUAAGAUAAGUAAUGAAAAUGAAGAUAUAUAUGAAGCUAAUUUUAAUCUGACUGAGAAUAAUAAACAUAAAUUAAACUGUAUUAAUAUAUCACAAAAUAAUUGUAAUAAAAUAAAGCUUAAAAAAAUGCGAAGUAGAAGUAUGCCAAAUGUUAAUGAUAAUUUUUUAUAUUUUUUUGAUAAAAAUGGACUUGACGAACAAAUUGAAAGUGAUAGUACUAUAGAUUUAGUAAAUAAAUAA